AUGAAUGUUGCCGUUGCACAAUAUCUUGAGGAAAUUGGAUUUGAAAAAUGGGUUCGAUCGUACUUUCUAGGGGUACGUUACAAUGUAAUAACGAGCAAUUGGGCUAUAGCAUUCCUGAGGUCCAAAGUCCAACAGUGGUAUGCUACACGAAAAGAAAAAGCUGAAAAGUUGACGAAGACCCUAUCACUAGAAAUGGAGGAGGACUUGGCAUUGCAAUUUGAAAAAUCACGGAAUUUGGAUGUUGACACAUGUGGACCUUACACGUUUUUGUUCCAGUGCAUGAGGUUUUCUUGUCCUCAUGCAUGUGCUGCAACUCAGCAACGAAGUAUUAACAUGUACGCACUAUGCUCGCCAUAUUACACAACAGAAUAUUGGAGGAGCACAUAUGAAGGUACAAUUAUGCCAGUUGGUGACGAGGAUGAUUGGGAAUUACUUGAUGACAUAAAGAACAUGACAGUUGGAGUGCGUGUUGAGAAGCAACCAGUAGGGCAACCCAAGAAUCAAAAGGUUGCAAGAAUUAAGUCAAAAAGAACUGCUUGUAAUGGUGAAAGGAUUAUUAUACCACGAAAUUGUGGCAAGUACGGUGCAAAGGGGCACAACAGAAGCACUUGCACCUACCGAGGUUAA